AUGAGAGGACUUGGUGCCCCGAAAAAGUUACAGGGUCGGGCAGCGCAAGCCUUGAAACAAGAUGCACCCACCUCAUCGUCAUUGUCGUGCUUUGUGCUUCGCAUGAUCAAGAUUAUAUCGCCCUCAAGUAUGACGUCCGGUUCAGAAAAAAUGGCUGGUAAGACGGGAAUAGCCGUUUUUACCCCCUGUGAAGUAAUCUCCGGUACGUAUAAGGAUAUUAUUGAAAUUGUGCCUCAGUUUGAAUACACAUAA